AGUUUGUCCAUAGCACCAUGUCAGUUACCGAGUUUCCACCACUUCUUUCUGAAGACGACUUGCAAAAGUACAAAGUUCCCUUACGUUGGAGAGACAGAUGUGCUGCCUACUUCGCACUCUACCACACAUGCCUUAUCAGACAAUCUGCUAACUCUUCUGUGGAUUGCAAGCAUGACAAGCACUCAUGGGAAGAAUGUGAAAACUUGGACUUCAUCAGAAGACAACAAGAAUUGAAACAAGUCAAGGAGCAAAGAAGAGCCGAGUUGAGCUAAACGACUAAGCUGAAAGAUAAAAGAGACGAGAUGAGCAAAAUGAAUGAAUUUAAAAUGAAAUUCAAUGAUUUUCAAAAACUAAGAUAAAAUGAUCGUAUGGAAAUCAAAUGAACUCAACUUGAAUAAGUGAACCUGUUUAAUCAUAGCCUAUAACUUUUAAUCUGCCAGCAAAGACACAACGGAUCCAGCAGUGCUACAGGAAGCGUGCUGGACCACAACUGCAUUUACGACUAAAACAUUCAUCUCUUACGAUUGCGAGGCUUUCUCGCAUUACCAUUUCUCGUCUGGAAACAGAUGGCUUUAUCUUAGUUAAUACACAUAGAUUGAAAG